AGCAGAAGGGGAAAAAACUCGUCGCGAAAUUCCCCGAUGCCGCCGCCGCCGCCGCCACCGCCGCCUUCCCCAACCUCCGCCGCACCCACCCCUCCGGCAUCCCCAUCCAAACCACCCCUGUGCCCGCGCCAGAUCGCGGCGCUAGUCCUGAACCACCCGUCCUCCACGCUGACCGCCGCGUCGGUGCGCUCUCUCUCGGCGUCCCUCCUCGCCGCCGCGCCCGCGCCCGCGCUCCCGAUCCCGACCCCCGUGGCCAACGCCGUCCUCAAGCUCCUGUGGCACCACGCCCCACGCGCCCUGCUCUUCUUCCACGCCCUGAUCCGCCUGCCCCCGCGGGCGCGCGAGCUCUCCCCGCGCACGGUCGAUCUCGCGCUCGACCUCGCCGCGCGCCUGCGCCACCCGCGCCAGCUCACGAGCUCCGUCCUCGCGCUCUUCCAGCGCCACGGGCUCGCCUUCACCCCGCGCACGUUCCCAAUCCUAUUCGAGAGAUUUGCGGUGUCGCACCGCCGCCCCGACAUCGCCGUCCGGCUCUUCCUCACGCUCCACCGCUCCCACGGCGUCGCGCAGGACCUCCCGUUGUUCAACUCCCUCCUCGACGCUCUAGUAAAGUCGCGGCAUGUGGGCAAGGCUGCUUCCCUCGUCCGUGCCCUCGAGCGGCGGUUCCCGCCUGACGCUGUCACGUUCAACAUCCUGGCCGACGGAUGGUGCAGCGUCAAGGACACCUCCCGUGCGCUCGACAUCCUGCUGCAGAUGGUCGAAUCAGGGAUUGCUCCAACGAAAGCCACAUAUAACAUUAUCCUCAAAGGCUUCUUCCGUUCUGGACAAUUGCGGCACGCAUGGGACUUCUUCCUUCAGAUGAAGAAGAGAGGCAUCAACGACGAGAACGGUAAGCCUGACGUCGUGUCGUACACUACCGUACUGCACGGGCUUGGUGUUGCCGGGCAGCUAGAAAAAGCUCGCAAAGUGUUCGAUGAAAUGUCUAAAGAAGGAUGCCCACCAUCAACGGCAACUUAUAAUGCAUUAAUUCAGGCUAUCUGUAAGAAGGGCAAUGUGGAGGAUGCUGUGGCAGUCUUUGAUGAUAUGGUUGGAAAAGGUUAUGUCCCAAAUGUAGUUACUUACACCGUCUUGAUCCGAGGCCUCUGCCACGCCAAGAAGAUUGACCGAGCUAUGAAGCUUUUGGAGAGGAUGAAGAGUGAAGGUUGCGAGCAUAACGUUCAGGCACACAAUGUCCUUAUAAGGUAUUCAUUCGAGGAAGGGGAAAUAGAGAAGGCAUUGGAUUUGUUCGAGAGAAUGAGCAAGGGGAUGGAGUGCUUGCCCAACCAAGACACAUAUAACAUCAUAAUAAGUGCAAUGUUUGUGCGUAAGAGGGCAGAGGACAUGGCAGUGGCUGCGAGGAUGGUGGUGGAUAUGGUUGAUAGAGGCUACUUGCCUAGAAGGUUUAUGUUCAAUCGUGUACUGAACGGAUUAAUGCUGACUGGGAAUCAAGAGCUUUCAAGGGAGCUCUUGAGGAUGCAGGAGAAAUAUGCACGCCUGCGACGAGAAAUAAGAUUGUAAUUGGCUUUGGUUUCUUGAAUGGUAUAUGCAUUCAGCAUCAUCAUUUUUUCAGCUUGGAUGACUGAAGAUCAGAAUCAAGGUGUAACCCUGGAGUACCCAGUCAGUUAAUGCUCCUGAUGUCCCAUGAUUUCUGAUCUCUUUCAUUUGGAACUGACACUUAACUGUAAGUGACUUUGGCGAUUCUUUCAGUAGCAGAUUGUCUUGUGGUAGUUUGAUCUCGUCUUACUAGAGUCUAGGAUAGUAUGAUGCUGCAAGUGUGUUACUGACCUGUGAGGAAGAAAAAUGUUUAUUCAUGCUUCAUGCCAAUUACUAGCAAAGCACAUUUUAGGUUUCAAAAAUAGAAUGGAUUUUCAAGCAUUCUGAUUACUAUUUUGGGUCAACUUGCCGACGAACAUCAAUAAGGUCGGAUCUCUAUUCAGGAUACUUGAACUUGCUUU